AUGAGUGAACCGAAGCGAUCAACGCUAAGCAAGGAUCGUGGCGAAGUGGCGCGGUUGAGCUGGCGGCUACGAGCGACUGUGAUUGCAAAGGAAAAACUACCGAGAAUUCAUACAAAGAAAGAAGAAACGGGUCCGGAGAGUCACCACACUGGGAAGAGAGCUGAGUGCAAGCCUUCACCGGGAUCGAGUCGCUCGGAGAACGUUUCACGCCGAUUGUAUUUGCAUAUAAAAGCACCAGCACAAAAAAAAAUGAAUGAGAAAAAGGAUUCGCGUUCGAGCUCACUUAAGAAUACUACGGGUAUUCCUCCCAGCCUUCACAUAGAACAAAAUUGA